AUGGCAGACAACAACAGCAAAGGAGAAAGCAAAGAAGAGCAGAAGAAAAGGCCGACGACCAAAGAGAAGCUAAUAGAAGAAAUCACCUCGCGCAUCGAAGAAUCAAAGAAACUCCAAGAGGAGGCUGUACAGCUUCAUAAACAAGCCGACGAAGCAGUAGAUCCCGAUGUCGCCGAGGACCUAAAAUUCCGCGCGAGGGAGCUCGACAUGAAAGCUGCUAAGCUGCUGAAGAUAGCUAAGCGCCUUGAGUCUGGCUGGUUACAGGGUGGUGCCACUGGUGCCGGUAUAGGGGCUGGGAUUGCCGGCGGACUCGGCGUAACCGUCGGGUCCUUGGUCAGCGGUUUAGUAGCCAUUCCCACCACCGGCAUAGGUAUCUUAGUCGGUAUGGGUACAGGUCUAGUGCAUGGCCCUUGGGUCAAGUUCAGCGAGGCGUUUAGUAAAGACGAGGUUGACGAGAUAGAUAAGGAGGCUGAGGAGGAGGCUCGUCGGAUCGGUGAGGCUUAG